UAACCUAAUUCGCUGCUUUUCAUUAUUUUGCUACUUUGGGACCAAGAAAAAAUACAACAAACUUCUUUCUUUUCAAGGGAGGUGAAGAUUUGUCAGUAAACGAACAAAUAACUAUUUUCAUUGUAGAAAGUACCUUAAAGAUCGCAUAAGUUUUUUGGUGAGUACUUUAAAGCUGCCUAAAACGAAGGCCUGUUUAGUUACGAGAAAACUGUAAAUCUUGGAUAAACGACAAAAGGAUUUUAAAUACAUUUCGUACAUAUUUUGUGAAAAUCUAUCAUAUUGAAAGUCUCUGGUGUCUCUGUUGAAAAAGAGGAGUAAACACUUCACUAUUAUAUUUGGAUCUUUAGUUGUAAUAAGUUUUUCAAAAUGAGCACUAAAUCGUCGAAAGAAGUAUUGCAAAAGAAGCUCCAUGAGAAGAUUGAGAACUUUAGGUCUCAAAGGAAGAUUCCCAAAGACACUGACCGAAAAGCAUUGAUUCAAGCACGUAAGGAAAAAGCCGAAGCAAGGGCACAAGCAAAAAAGAAGGCAAAGGAAGCUGCUAGGCAAUCAGAACAAAGGAAAAAAAGUGAACUGCAGGCAGCCUCAGAAGAUAAAAACCUAGAAAGCUCCGAACACGCAUCUAAUUCAGCGAAAGAAACACCGGACAUCACUUUUGGAACUCUUCUUCUUGGUGAAGACAAGUUUACCAAUGGUCAAUUGAAGAAAUCUAGCAAACGAAAGGGUCCAACUGAUGUUUACGGGGCCAUGAAGCAUUUAGAAGCGAAAAGGGCACGGAUAGAAAAGUAUGAUGAAGAGAAAAAGAAACAAAUUGAAGAAAGUGAUACCUGGCAUCGUGUUUUGCUCCAAGCAGAGGGCAAAAAAUUGCAGGAUAACGAGAAGCUUUUGAAGAAAACCAUGAAACGGAAAGAAAAGGAAAAGAAAAAGUCUUCGAUUGCCUGGAAAGAAAGACAUAAGAGUGUACAACAGGGAUUGGCCCUUCGACAGAAGAAGCGCCAAGAAAAUCUUCAGAAACGUCGAGAUAGUAAAAAAUCUACUAAGAAAUCUGGUAAAAAGUCUGAUAAGAAGUCAAAGAAGCCAAAGCCUUCAAAAAAAAAAUAAAGUCAAUAGAUAAUAUAUGGGUAUCUGGGUGAUUAUAGGAUUGGAUUAUGGUUUUUUAAUGAGAUGCAUUUCUACAAAGCUAUUGAAUAGUAUACGCAAAACCAUUUUCAUGAGCGG